GCAGCAACAGCAGCUAGAGGGGCCCCAGGAGGGGGCAGGGCAGCAGAUGCAGGACCAGCCGGAGCAGCCGCAGGAGAGGGAGGCGUUGAUGCCGGAUGAAGGCGAGCAGCAGCAGCCGGUGCAGGAGCAGGAGCAGCAGGGGCAGGCGGCUACUACUGGCGUUAAUGGCGUUGGGGAUGUUGAGGGAGCAGCGGUGGCUGAGGAGGCCGAUGUGGUUCCGGUAGGAGGCGGGGCAAGCGCUUCGGCGGGGGUCUCUGAGCUGCUGUGUGGGGCAGCUGGGGGCGCGGAGGUACGACAGGAGACAAGACGGGCAGACAUCCUGGCUGAGGCGACGGACAUGGCAACAGAGCUUGCAGCGGCGGCGGUGGCAGCAGAGGCGGCGGCGGUGGCAGCGGUUACAGCGGCAUCAGCGGGUACACUGCAGGUUCCCCUGGAGCAGUGGCGCCUUGGCACCGGAGAGGAUGCAGUCCCGACUGCUACAACGCAGACCCCAGCAACAGGGGUUGGACAGGUGUUGACAGAGGUGGAAAUGUUGGAGGUGGCUGACGAGGCGCGACCGGAGGCUGGCGACGUGACCAGGCUAGGCGGGCCUGCAGCUCUGUCUGGGCCUCAUCAGGCACCCUCGCUGCUGCCUCCACUGCUGCCGCCGUUACUACCGCCGCUGCUGCCGCUGUCAGCAACACCACGGCAGGAGCAGCCGCCGUUCACGCCGCAGGGCCCUGCGAGUCCCCCGGGGACACCGGGGCAGCAGCUGGGCGGGGAGACGGCAGCGGCGGGGCCGAACGCUAGGGUACCUGUACCACGCCCCCCGGCUGCCCUCGGUCCCAGACCACCUGGAGCAGUUGUACUGCUGGGAGGGGGCGACAAGGCGGCUGGGGCUCACCAGCUGACUGUGACUGGUGGCAGCAGGGCGAGCCAGGAGAUGAGGGAAGGUUUGGGGGCUGCAGCCGAGGCGGGGGGUGCAAAACUACAGCGCGCGGCUGGAGUAGGAGAAGAGGGAGAGGGAGAGGGAGAGCCCAGCCGGACGAAGAAGCCCUUGAGGAGGACGCCGAGGAGGACGCCGAGGCGGGCGGUGGCAGCGGAAGACCCGGCGGUUGCGUCUGAAGACUCGCCGCCCGCAAGCAGGGUGCAGCCGCAUGCAGGGCCCCACCUGCAGCUCAGCCUCCCCGCACCCGCAAUCGCACCUGCACCUGCACCCGCACCUGCACCUGCACCCGCACCUGCACCCGCACCCGCACCCGCCCUCGCACCGCUAGACUGGGCGCUGCCAGCAGCUUUGUCCGACUGGGCCCCGCGGCUAGGAGGAACCGGCAACAGCACCGGCAACAGCGGCGACGUCUGGGCGCAUCCGUUUGGGCAGCAGCACCAGAGGGGUGAGGAGGAGCCCGGGACUGCCGCUGCUACUGCCGGCCUCGCCUCUGGCGCGGCCCUUGCUGCUGCCGCCGCCGCCGGCCUCGCCGCCGCCUCGGUAGCCGCAAGCACCGCUACCCCUGCCCACCUGCCGGUCAGUGGCGCGGCUGGUACCGGGCCUCUGCUCUGGCCUGCCGCCGCCCCAGCUCUUGCUAGCGGCUUGGGUGGCAUGUUGUUCAACCAGGGAUGGGCCUCCCCUCCUCCGCAGCCGCCUCGCCCCCAGGAGGAUGCAACUGCAGGAGCCGCAGCUGCCUUUCUGUGCCUAGACUCGGCCGCCGCGUCCCGCCCACUAGGCCCCUCUAUGACUGCUGCCAGCCGCGGUCAGCCGCUUGGCUUCCUAUCUCCUCCCUCCGCCCUCCUAGCUCCCAUGCAGCACCAGCCGGCCGCCACACCAGCAGUCCCCCAGCAGCAGCUUCUGCGGCAGCCGGGGCCAGCCGGGGUGCUGGCAGCCCUUGCUGUCCCAUCCCUGCCUCGCGCCUCCUGCCCCUCCCAGCCCACCUCCCCGCCCCGUCAGCACCACCAAGGCCCGCUGCAACAGCCGCAAGCCAACCCGCUGGACUCAAUGAUGCAGAAGCUGCACGCCCCGCCGCGUUCACAGCAGCAACAGCUGCAACAACUUCAACGGCUGCAACAGCUGACACAGCUGCAACAGCUACUACAGCAGCAGGCCUUGCGACAGCAGCUGCUGCGGCAGCCGCCGCUACCGCAACAGCAGCAGCAGCAGCAGCCGGGCCAGCUGCUCCAUCUGGGAACGACAAACACGCACGCGUCGGCGCUAUCGCAGCCCAGACAGCCGCAGCUGAUGUACUCGAAUUCCCAACUGCAAUCUCAGCAGGCGCUACUGUUAAGCGGGACGGACCCACGGGUCAGUGCAUCGUAUAGGGGAGGCCUGGGCGCACAGGCAAGCAACGCCGCAACUGGGUGUAUGACGCUGCCAGCGGCGCCCGCCGGAGCGGGGCUGCUUGCCAAUCCCCUCCUGCAGAGUAGCACGGGUAGUGGGACAGUCGCAGCAGCAGCCUCACGGCCUGCUGCCGCGCCCCUGUCGGCGGCUCAGGCAGUGGCGGCCCUUGCUGCUGCUGCGCGGGCACCCACAGCGCACCCACCACACCUGCGACAGCCUGCUACCGCCUCCGCCACCACCGCGGCCCUCCCUACCACCGCGGCCACUGCGUGGCAGGGAGCUGCUGCGCCGGGCCGGGCCGCUGUCGUGCAGAUGCUGCUGUCCUGUCUUCCCUACGACGCCUCAGUCCUUUCCCUAUCGCCCCCGCGUAUGGCGGCGCAGUUCCCAACCCAACCCAAUCCUGCCAGCUCCCUCCCACGGCCCCAACCAUGGCUGCCCGUAACCCAACAUACCACCGAGCCGCCGUCAGCCGGGAUCACAGCAGCUGCUCCGCCCAUGGCUCCUCCCCCCCCGCAGCGGCCGACGCUGGCACCACAGGAGCCGCUGCCGCUGCCUGCGCCUGCGCCUGCCCCCGCGCCCGCGCCUGCGCCCU